CUUGGGCUGAAGCUUGUCUUCUCCUCUCUACGAUGAAGGUCUCUUCUGUUCUUCUGUGCCUGAUGCUCACAGUUGCAGUCCUCAGCACCCAGCUGCUUGCUCAGCCAGGGUCUCUUCCAGCCACCUGCUGCUUUAGUAUGGUCAAUAAGAAGGUCCCUAAUCAGCGGCUACAGAGUUAUAGAAGAAUCACCAACAGCAGAUGUCCUCGGAAAGCUGUUAUCUUCAAGACCAAAAUGGACAAGAGUAUCUGUGCUGAUCCCAAAGACAAGUGGGUCCAAGAUGCCAUCAGAUAUCUGGACCAGAAAUCUCAGACCCCUAGAAAAGCCUGAGAAGGAUUUGGCUCCUUU